UUGACAAAAUCAGCGCGCAUGCGUAUUUUUACUCACAUGCAUCCGGCUUUCCGUAGAAAAGCAAUAGUCACCCAAAUUAAAAUGUCAUAUCUCAAACUGGUGUCGCUGUGUGAUGCGGCUCCGGGGUUAACGGGCCUGCUGAGCUGCUCCGUGCUGGCUGCCAGUGAGGGGAAGAAGAAGAGCACACAGCCUGUCAUGAGCAUUGAUGAGCUGCCAUCUCUAUACACCAAACCCGAAUCACAGCCCCGUUACGUGGAGCCAGAGGCAGGGCUGCUGGAGGAGAGUGUUGCAUCGUUAAGGAAAUGGGCCGAGCCGUAUACAGACCAGUUUCAGGAAAUGAGCCAGACUGCAAUGGGCAAAUUUGAGCAAGUGCACAGGACUUUGGAGCCCACCAUCAACACAUCAAUAACAGCAGUCACAGAUGCGUACCAGUUCCUCAGUGACCCUCCUCCUGAUCUGUACCCCAGUGUGGUUGUGGUGGGCUUCUCUGGCUUCCUGGGGCUUUAUUUGGCAAAAGGUUCCAGACUGAAGCGUCUGGUAUUUCCACUCGGACUCAUGGCCCUGAGUGCCUCCAUGUUUUACCCUCAACAGGCCACUACCUUGUUAAAGUUGAGUCGAGACUCGGCAUACAUGUGGACUGAACAGGGUCGUGUUGCCAUGGAGAGUCUUUGGAAAGAUCCACAGUUUGGCAGAAAGAAGUUUGAGAAGAAAGAGCGAACAGAGAGCAACAACAAAACCAGCUGAGGAAGACGCACAACUCUUCGUCCAUGAACACAUAUCUUUCCAUGCCGGACUUUAUUCCAGAUAAUCAGAGAGCUCAUUUAUUCUUUCUUGGACGCUCAACAUUCCUACUUCCUCCUUCAAUGUACUAGGCAGUUACAAGUUCAGUACCCGUGAUUUCUGCCGCCUCAACCAUAAGAAACUUAGAAAUACAACAAAGAAAAUCAACAUUCAAAUGAAUCUAAACUAAUUAAUAAAUCAUGUUUUGUUAAUGCUUAUAAAAAAUUGCUCAUUCUCGUUGUCUUACUUACUCCAUGUUAUUUUCCCUUCAACUGUUAGUUGUCCAUGUGUAAUAAUGAACUCUAUAUAAUGUGUCAUUAAAUUUGGUAUUUAACACUAAUUUGUUUUGAGGCAUUAGUACUUCACAGUCAUACUUUUGUUAUAUCUGGAUACACUUCUGACUACAAGACACAUCAGAUACUCCAAAUGUUACUUUAAAGAUAACAUUCACCAAAACAUGAGAGUUAAAAACAAGGGAAACAAAAGCAUGUCCAAAAGAAAUAUCAACAGGAAAAGUGAUAUUUAGUAAAUAUUUUGUUUCAAUCUUUAGUUUUUCAUAUUGUCUUCUGCACUGUUGGAUGUCUGCAUUGUAAUUGUCAUCUGCUAUUAAAUUAAAAAUAAACAAUUGUUUUACAUCUGUC